AUGGGGGGUCCCUGGCAGCCACCCCGGCCCCGCUCGCUGCUGCUGCUGCUGCUGCUCCUGCCCAUGCUCCAGGUGCAGGGGACUCAUCCCGACUGCUCCGUCGUGCUCCACUUCCAGCAGCUGGAGGAGGAAUGUCUGCAGAGGAUCCGGAGCGAGAGCCCCAGCCCGGGGCAGGCAGGGCAGGGCUGCCCCACCGAGUGGGACGGGCUCAGCUGCUGGCCAGCCCUGCCCCUGGGCCACUCCCGAGCUGUCGCCUGCCCCGAGAUCCUGAGCGUCUUCAAGAAGUCCAAAGGGCUGAUCCAGAGGAACUGCACCGAGUGGGGCUGGAGCCCCCCCAGCCCCCCCUACCACAGCGCCUGCCAGUUGGAGAUGCUGGGCAGCAGCAAUGACACCGAGGCCAAGAGAGGCCACUUUGUCACCAUGAAGGUGCUCUACACCUGCGGCUACUCCACGUCGCUGGCAGCGCUGCUCCUGGCCAUCGGCAUCUUCUGCUGCUUCAGGAAGCUGCACUGCACCAGGAAUUCCAUCCACAUCCACUUCUUCACCUCCUUCAUCCUGCGGGGCACGGCCGUGUUCAUCAAGGACAGGGUCCUCUUCUCGGACGAGUCCAUCGACCACUGCACAAUGUCCACGGUGACCUGCAAGGCAGCCAUCACCUUCUUCCAGUACUCAGUGCUGGCCAACUUCUACUGGCUGCUGGUGGAGGGGCUGUACCUGCAGACGCUGCUGCUGCUCACCUUCACCUGCGACAGGAGCUACACCUGGGGCUACGUCCUCAUGGGCUGGGGUGUCCCCAUGGUCACAGUCGGGGUGUGGGUGCUCACCAGGCUCCAGUAUGACAACCACGGGUGCUGGGAUGAUUACUCCAGUGUGUACUGGUGGGUGAUCAAGGCUCCCAUCCUCCUGGCCAUAUUUGUGAACUUCCUCAUCUUCCUCAACGUCACCAGGAUGUUGGCACAGAAGAUCCGGUGCCCGGACCUCAGCAGAACCCACAAGCAGCAGUACAUGAGGCUGACCAAGUCCACGCUGCUGCUCAUCCCCCUCUUUGGGGUGCACUACGUGGUGUUCGCGCUCUUCCCCGAGCACGUGGGCGUGGAUGCCCGGCUCUACUUCGAGCUGGUGCUGGGCUCCUACCAGGGCUUCCUGGUGGCUCUGCUCUACUGUUUCCUCAAUGGGGAGGUCCAGGCUGAGAUCAGGAGGAACUGGGGCACGUGGCAAAGGUCCAUGGAGAGCAACGUCUUCAACCUGGCCACCCAGGACUUCACGGCGUGAGCAGGACAGGAGAGGGGCUGCUGGAGGAGCAGCUCCAGGGCUGCAGCACCAGAAAGACUCAAUCCCUUGUGAUUUUGGAGGUUCUGGGUCUGAUACCCUCAGAGGGAACAACCAGAAAGACCCAAACCCCACUCUGAUUUUGGGGGUGUUGGGAACAACCAGAAAGACCCAACCCCUACUGAUUUUGGAGGUUAUGGGUCUGACACCUUCAGAGGGUGUUGGGAACAAUCAGAAAAACCCAACCCCCUCUGAUUUUGGGGGCUCUGGGUCUGACACCUUCAGAGGGUGUUGGGAACAAUCAGAAAAACCCAACCCCCUCUGAUUUUGGGGGCUCUGGGUCUGACACCUUCAGAGGGUGUUGGGAACAAUCAGAAAAACCCAACCCCCUCUGAUUUUGGGGGUUCUGAGUCUGACACCCUCAAAGGGAACAACCAGAAAGACCCAACCCUUUCUAAUUUUGGAGGUUGUGAGUCUGACGACCUCAGAAGGUGUUGGGAACAACCAGAAAGACCCAACCCUGCCCCAAUUUUGGACGUUCUGGGUCUGACAUCCUCAGAGGGAGCUACCAGAAAGACCCAAUCCCUUCUGAUUUCGGGGGUUCUGAGUCUGACAGUCUCAGAGGAAACAACCAGAAAGACCCAAACCCCCCCCAAUUUUGGAAGUUCUGGGUCUCACACUCUCAAAGGGAACAAGCAGAAAAACCCAAACCCCUCUGAUUUUGGGGGUUCUGGGUCUGACACCUUCAAAGGGAACAACCAUAAAGACCCAACCCCUUGUGAUUUUGGAAGCUCUGAGUCUGAUACCCUCAGAAGGUGUUGGGAACAACCAGAAAGACCCAACUCCCCUGAUUUUGGGAGUUCUGGGUCUGCCACCCUCAGAGGGUGUUGGGAACAACCAUGGGAGAGGCUCUGCAUGCUCGGUGCUGCUGGAUCUUGCACCCUGUGGUAGCACCUCACCCCCAGAGCUCUCACUGCUUUGGGGCAGAGUUCCAGGCAAAGAGAAGGGAAAUUCUGCACUUUUCUGCCUGAAACUGGGAAGGAAACACAGAAAUCCUUCACCCAAGGACAGCUGGUGGGUUUUGUCUGCACUGAAGGAAAAAGAGCAGCGCCGAUACUGAAGGGAUUCACUGAUGGAUGUUUUCCCCUUUCCUUGGUUUACAAAAUCAUUUCCUGCCUGGGAAGAUUCCCAAAAAGAACCAGGAGCCCCCUGGGGAUGGGGGGAGGACACAGAGAGAGGCAAACCCCCAAACCUCUACAAGAGACCCCCGCAAAUGGCCUCUGGACCCAGUUCCUCCCCAUUCCCUAAAUUCUUCCCUUUCUCCCAUGGGGGUUGAGUGAGCUGGAGAUGUUCCCGUGCCAGGAGAGCUCUCCCAGCCCUUUGCUCUGAGGAAUGGGACUCACCUGGCAUC